UGGAAAAAGUCAGGGGGUGUGAAUACUUUCUGAAGGCAAUGUAAUUCUUUCAUAACUUGCCACUGGAAGCAAAGAUUAAUGGAUUAUAUUGCGUGAUAUGAAGUAGGAUGGUUUCCAAUUUCGUCCUCUUUCUGUUAUGUAAUGUCAUUUUGCUAAAUAUGAUCACUCAGUGAGCUGCACACGGAUGCAUUAGGAAGAAUUACUGGCUUAUAGAUACAUUUACUCCCCAUUCAGUGAAAUUUCUUUAAAUUUCAUUUUAAACAAAAAUGCCACCCUGUUAUGUGACGGGUUAUCUUAGGUAAAAACAAUAUAACCUCUCAUAUCCAAUUAUGCAGCAAUAAUAUUGUAGUUACUUUUACCACUACCAUAAAAGUGAAGAAAAUAUGAUUGAGUUUUUUUCCCUCCAAUCUAUGCAUGAUUUCUGUUAGGCUAUAGAUUUGCUAUAGCCUAUUAAUUGUGACCAACACAAAAUAAUUAGGAUGUCAAAUUAUGGUGUGUUGUGUGGGUCGUACUGCACUCUUUGUAAACCUAUUUUUUUCUUCUCUCCAUUACCCUUUCCGUCUCCGUGGUCCGGGUGGGGUUUGAGUCUAUCGCCUCUGGAUGCCGCCACUCCACCUUAACGACCAGAGAAACACAGCUGUUUUCCAAACUCAGUGGGAAGCCCAAUGGGGAGAACUGCAGUGGGGGUUUUAUACACGUUCCGGGGCCGCUUCAACGGGUACUUCUAAUUUUCAGAUUCCGGGGCUGGUCCGCCUUCUCUCGAUGUAAUCUGAUCCCCUGCAAGUGUCUUGGAAGCAUCAUCAGCUUUCACAAUUCCGAAAGGGAGGUGACUUGAGUGACCGAAGAGCAUACGUUGAAUUCAGCAGGUAAGAUAGAGUGCACCUGGGAAAUAGACCACAUCAGCCACCAACCUACAGCUAUUGGACUGAGGACAGUUGAGAUGCAUGGCCUGUAAGCAGCCAGCGCCAGUGAUGGCUCAUAGGAAGAGGCCAGGGACCAGCGGCUCCAGCUGCAGCAUGGUGGUGCCCCCCGUCCGGCCCCUCUGCCCCGCCACCUACCCCCCAGAGCAGCACGACCAGGAGCAUGAGGAGGGCCCGGGGGAAGAGGAGGAGGUCCACUACUGCCGCCAGCAGGGCCUGGAGCCAGAGCUGACGGACAGCCGGCCAGCCACACCUACUACACCUGACCUGGAACACGAGCAUGAACACAGCCAUGAUCAUGAUCACCCAGACUGCCACGACCAUGAUGACCACAGUCACAGCGACGACCAUGCAGAGUGCCAUGGCCUCGAGCAUGCAGACUGUCAAGGUCACGGUCACAGUCACGACGACGUAGACUGCCAUAACCACGGCCACGUCCACAGUCACAUCAAUGACCACGACCAUGCAGGCUGUCAUGGCCACCGUCACGACCACGCUGACAGCCUGGACGGAGACUCCAGCUCUGACUAUGUGAACAACACCUCGGAGGAGGAGGACUAUGAUGAAGGUCUGCCGGAGGAGGACGAGGGCGUCACCUACUACAUCCGCUACUGCCCUGAGGAUGACAGCUACCUGGAGGGCAGCAUGGACUGCAACGAGGCCGAGGCUGACUACACGGCCAGCACCGUGCAGCACAUCCGGGCUGAGCCCCCGGGCGACACAGACGAGUGCCAGGAAGUGGUGGAGGAGUGGGCGGAGGGAGAAGGAGGGGUGGAGGUGGGGGAGGUGCGCUCUGAGGUGGUGGAGCAGGAUCUAGAUGAACAGAUCUACAACGUCCUGGACCACCACACCCACCCCGCCGCCGUCCUGCACGAGUCCCCCCCACCCACAGAGGAGGAAGAAGAGGAGGAGAGAGCUGGGGUUGCCUACACUGGACCCUACUAUGGCCCAGAGGAGGACAAUGGGAACUCCAUGGUUCACAUACCGCGGUCUCCAUACCGUGGCCGUAAGGUGGUAGUGGAGGGGGAGACUGGGGAGGAGGCGGAGGAGGACAUUGACCAGAUAGUGGCAGAGAUCAAGAUGAGUAUGAGCAUGGGUAGUCUGAGCAGUGGUGGCACUGACCAGAGCCCUGACGAGCUGGUGCAAGACAGUGUACCCAGUGAUUACCACCCUCCUGAGGCCCACGCCAAGCCUGAGCCUGCCCCCUACACCCCAACCCCACACCGCCACGACAGCAGACCCAAGUCCCUCAACCUCCCCUCCUCCACACGGCACAACAACCCUGAGCUCCAGAAGGGCUUCAAGGUUCGCUCCCGCACCCCGGAGGAGCGACAUCAGUGGGCUCAAGAACAGAUGACCAACGGUGCAGAGCAGCCCAGGAAACAGCAGCGUUCUGACCUCAACGUGCCGCUGGAGAACAACAAUGUCCCGGAGGAAACAAAGAAGGCUGCAUCUUUCCCCAGCUUUGUUGAUGUUCCGGGGCCCUGUGAGCCAGAAGAUCUUAUUGAUGGCAUCAUCUUUGCUGCUAACUACCUGGGCUCCACCCAGCUGCUCUCUGAGAGGAACCCGUCCAAGAACAUCCGCAUGAUGCAGGCCCAGGAGGCUGUCAGCCGGGUCAAGAGGGUUCAGAAGGCUGCCAAAAUCAAGAAAAAGGCGAGCCCAGAGGGGGACGCACAGACACUGACCGAGGUGGACCUCUUCAUCUCCACCCUGAGGAUCAAAGUGCUCAACGCAGACACACAGGAAACUAUGAUGGACAACGCCCUGCGCACCAUCUCCUACAUAGCUGACAUUGGGAACAUCGUGGUGCUGAUGGCGAGGCGCCGCAUGCCGCGCACAGCCUCCCAGGACUGCAUCGAGACCACACCUGGAGCCCCAGAGGCCAAGAAACAGUACCGGAUGAUCUGCCACGUCUUUGAGUCUGAGGAUGCCCAGCUCAUAGCCCAGUCGAUUGGGCAGUCAUUUAGCGUGGCUUACCAGGAGUUCCUGAGGGCCAACGGCAUCAACCCAGAAGACCUGAGUCAGAAGGAGUACAGUGACAUCAUCAACACACAGGAGAUGUACAACGAUGACCUCAUCCACUUCUCAAAUUCUGAGAACUGCAAAGAGCUGCAGCUGGAGAAGCAUAAGGGGGAGAUCUUGGGCGUGGUCAUAGUGGAGUCUGGCUGGGGCUCCAUCCUACCCACGGUCAUCCUGGCCAACAUGAUGAACGGUGGGCCGGCCGCCCGCUCCGGGAAGCUCAGCAUCGGAGACCAGAUCAUGUCCAUCAACAACACCAGCCUGGUGGGGCUGCCGCUCGCCACCUGUCAGGGAAUCAUCAAGGGCCUGAAGAACCAGGUGCAGGUGAAGCUGAACAUUGUGAGCUGUCCACCUGUCACCACCGUGCUCAUCAAGAGGCCAGACCUCAAGUACCAGCUGGGCUUCAGCGUCCAGAAUGGGAUUAUCUGCAGCCUGAUGCGUGGGGGUAUUGCCGAGCGGGGGGGUGUCCGGGUUGGCCACCGCAUUAUUGAGAUCAAUGGCCAAAGCGUGGUGGCUACAGCACAUGAGAAGAUUGUCCAAGCCCUCUCAAACUCUGUGGGCGAGAUUCACAUGAAGACGAUGCCAGCGGCCAUGUUCAGACUCUUAACAGGACAGGAGACUCCUAUGUAUAUAUAAACCAAGGACAGAUCCCAUUUUCCUCCACAGAGCAGCUGUACACAGUGGUUGUUUACAGUCCAGUUGGAGAGCUCUGGGUGGACCAGACUAGCAGACUAAUGAGUGUCAGCCAGAGUGAUUACCUUUCUUACUUUUGUGUCGAUGACUUAUCCUUUUCUGAGCUAACAUUCAUUCUACUGAUACUCCCGAUAUUUUGCUGAUGUUAAUACUAAAGAGGGUCAUCUGGGCAGAAGGUGUUUACGUUAUUUAUUUGUGUUUGUGUAUUUUGGAUGCAUCACAAUGUAUUUUUUAUAUUCACAUCAAUGUAAUAUUGUACCUGCAUAUUGUUUCAUUUAAUUUUCAUGUAAAUACAUAUUUUGCUAAUGUGUCUGAAGUAAUGGGGAAGGGUCAUGGCUGCUUUGUAAAUAUUUGUCUUUUCCUGCUGGUUUGAUAGCAGGGAAGAAAGCCCUUGACCGCUAAAGGACGAUUGAAAUCCUGUUGUCAAUAUAGUUUAGAUGGACAAUGAAAGGGUAUUUGGGAGUGACUUGGGUAAUAUAAUUUGGUUUAUACACAGUACCAGUUAAAGGUUUGAACACACCUACUCAUUCAAGGGUUUUUCUUUAUUUUUACUAUUUUCUAUA